GCGUCUCCCUGGCGCUCAGUAUUUACGCAUUUCCGGAGGCCGGUCAACACUGCUUCCUGUGUUUAGGGGCCCGCCGUUCGUGUUAAGGUCUGGGUUCUUUGAGUACCAGUGUUUGGAGUUGCCACAUUUUGACCCUUCAUCAUGGGAGUGACAUGUGUGUCCCAGAUGCCUGUGGCUGAGGGCAAGAGUGUCCAGCAGACAGUGGAGCUCCUCACCAAGAAAUUGGAGAUGCUGGGAGCAGAGAAACAAGGAACAUUUUGUGUGGACUGUGAGACUUACCACACAGCUGCCUCCACCCUGGGCAGCCAAGGCCAGGCUGGGAAGCUGAUGUACGUGAUGCAUAACUCUGAGUACCCACUGAGCUGCUUUGCCCUCUUUGAGAAUGGCCCUUGCCUCAUUGCUGACACCAACUUCGAUGUGCUCAUGGUGAAGCUCAAGGGCUUUUUCCAGAGUGCCAAGGCCAGCAAGAUCGAGACCCGGGGCACUCGCUACCAGUAUUGUGACUUCCUGGUGAAGGUGGGCACGGUCACAAUGGGGCCUAGUGCCCGUGGCAUCUCUGUGGAGGUGGAGUAUGGCCCUUGUGUGGUGGCUAGUGACUGCUGGAGCCUCCUGCUUGAGUUCCUACAGAGUUUUCUAGGUAGCCACACGCCAGGGGCACCCACAGUAUUUGGGAACAGACAUGAUGCGGUCUAUGGGCCAGCAGAUACCAUGAUACAGUAUAUGGAACUCUUCAACAAGAUCCGAAAACAGCAGCAAGUGCCAGUGGCUGGGAUCCGUUAGUGACUGGCAGCUGCCCGCCUGCUGAGCUGUCACCAGGGUACUGUUCAUGACCACGUGCUGGACUUGGGGUCCUGGGCCCCUAGCCCAACUGGUUCCCAGCUGUAACUUGUGUUCUGGGGCUUUGGACUUCCCUUCUGACCCCAGCACAGCUGUUUUUUACUUCAUGCUUUAACUGGAUUUGGCUGUUCCUCAAGAACGGUAAUUGUGAAGAAUGGAAAAGCUUGGACCUUUCCUGCUGUAGGCAAAAGGUAGGACAGGGUUGUCCCCGCCAGUGCAGGAGUUGUGUCCCCAGGUGCUGAGGAUUUGGUGUAGGCUGUGUGCCUGUGUUGUAUGGAGCUCCCCUUGAGUGUGAGGAUGUGGCUGGCCUCUCCUGGGGAUGGCUGCUAGAGUGUCGCUUUCAUUCUUUGGACACUGAUGCCUCCCCUACUGUAUUAAAUUAUGUGAACCUGCAGGCCAAGCGGCUGUUAGCUGAGCCAAAGCAGAGAGCUCUUACUGCAGUUUAUUUUCUCUAAUAGUUCAGAGGCAUUCAGUUCCCCAGAGCAUAUGAACUCCAUUUCCUGUUCCAUACUGUUCCUUAUGUCAUACUGUCCCCCGAAUGCUUUCCUUACCACGCUCAGAUCUGUGCCCACAGUCCGCCGAGGAAAGAGCUAGAGGGGGAUGGUUUUCAGAGUUGCUCUGAUCACUGUGGACGCACAUUCCUGACACUCAACACUCAGUUUUUUCAGGGUGCUCCCUAGGUUGUCUUCUUGUCUUGCUCGUGCCUUGAAGUUAUUGACAUCAUUGCUCACCUGCCUCACACCUGCUACAGAAACAUUUACCACGUAGACAGACUUGGGAAAGCUGUUAAUAUACGAAGUGUAGGGUGUCGGUGAGGAUCCUGUCCUCAGAGAUCAGCUAAGCAGACUUGCCAGCGCGUGCGCCAACUCUGAGGUUCUGGUCAUUCUUGUCUCCUAGCUUUGGCGGGCAGGACAGCUCAUCACACCUUCCUGGCUGUGGCUCCAUUACCCCAUUGUUCACUGUUACUUCCUCUUGCUUUUGCUUUUGCUGUUACUCUUUUUUUUGUUGCUCUGUAAAAACUGAGGUGUUUUAGAUACCACAAUAAAAUUUACAAACAUUACA